AUGAGUCGUCACGGUGACUAUGAGGCGGUCCGCAAGGAUAUCGCUGCUCAGCUCCAGAAGCCCGGAUACGACGAUGGAAGCGCAGGCCCAGUGUUUGUGCGGUUGGCAUGGCACUCCGCCGGUACCUAUGAUGCCGAAUCUGACACUGGUGGUUCCAACGGCGCCGGUAUGCGCUAUGAAGCAGAGGGUGGCGACCCGGCCAACGCUGGUCUGCAACACGGUCGGGCUUUCUUGGAGCCCAUCAAGGAGAAGCACCCGUGGAUCACUUAUUCGGACUUGUGGACUUUGGCAGGCGUAGUCGCGAUCAAGGAGUUGGGUGGACCCGAUAUCCCAUGGCAGGGUGGACGAACCGACCUGGUCGAUGAUUCCAAGGUGCCACCCCGUGGCCGACUCCCCGAUGGUGCCCUGGGCGCCGACCACUUGCGAUUCAUCUUCAACCGCAUGGGCUUCAACGAUCAAGAGAUCGUCGCUCUGGCCGGAGGUCACAACCUCGGUCGCUGCCACGGCGACCGCAGUGGAUUCGAGGGACCCUGGGUAACGAACCCGACCCGGUUCUCCAACUCCUUCUUCAAGUUGCUGCUGCAGCUGGACUGGAAGCCCCGCAAGCUGGCGACGGGCAUGACCCAGUUCGUAUAUGAGGAUCCCGAUGCGGAGGAAGAUGAGGAGCCGCUCAUGAUGCUGCCGACCGAUAUGGCGCUGAAGACCGACCCGGCCUUCCUGCCCUGGGUGCAGCGUUAUGCCCAGGACAAGGAGUUGUUCUUUGACCACUUUGCCAAGGUCUUUGCCAAGUUGGUCGAGCUGGGUAUCCGACGUGAUGCCAAGGGCAAUGUGAUCAACACCGAUAACCAGUUGGGUGGUUACGUGUCUGCGCCCAAGAAGAGCAACGUGGCCACGGGUCCUAGCAAGGCCAAGGGUGAGCCUCGUGCUCGUCUGUAA